AGAAAUCGCGUCAAGAAACCAUUCAAGAAAUCAUAAAUGAGAAGGAAACUGACAAAUUCAAUCUUAAUUUUAUAAAUUGUUAACAACAGUCCAACUUUCGCUUACUAACUGCCGGCGGCCGGAGACUGGACUUUACAUUAAUGGCAAUUGGGAAAAAAGACAAGGCAAUACGCAUGCCGGCGGUAACAUGACACCAUGCCGUUACUUCGCGACCCCCCGAUUUCAUGCUAUCUUACGCCACUCCCCAACAACCUUGCUUUCAGAAGAAGAAUUAAUGGAAGUCUUCCUUAGCCUUCACUCGCUUUAUAAAGGCCUUUUAAAUGCCUUUAUUCAAUGCGAAGACCUUUAACUUUCAGAUUUCGAAUUUUGGAAGAUGGGGAAGAAGAGAGUGAUGUUGCCAGCGAGUGAAGUUGACAUGACGACUGUGAAGUAUACAACUCAAAGAAUUCAAGCUCCAUAUCUGACUGGAUUUUGGUUAAAACUAUUUGUAAUGUUGGCUGAAACACCAAUUAUUGGUUCAAUGAUCAUGAUUUUCUUGCAGAAAAUGAACCGAGGAGCCGAGAGGUUCAAGAAUACCGUGAUACCGGAGGCUCCCAUGUUUGUACCUGAAUUUCCUCCUCAAGAGUCAGAACCUGGUGUUUUUGGCUUAGAAGAAGAUGGGAAACCUGAAGAACGCGUUGAGUUAGCCUUGCAGUGUCUUCCAGAUUACAAUCCAGGCUGUAUUUGGAUUACUGAUCCAGCUGCACCAUUCCGCUAUUGGAAGAUUCGUGAUUAUGCAUAUGCUUACAGAUCUAAGCUUACAGCUCCAUCUCAGGUAGCAGAGAACUUCAUCUCAGCUAUAGAAGAGUCUAACAACCAGAAUCCACUGGUGCCGCUACUAAUUUCUUAUGAUCCUGAUGAAGUCAGAAGGCUAGCCGCUGCUUCCACACAAAGAUUUGAAGAAGGAAGUGAAUUAUCAAUCCUUGAUGGUAUCUUCAUAGCAGUUAAGGAUGACAUUGAUUGCUAUCCAUAUCCAUCAAAGGGUGGAACAACUUGGUUUCACGAGAUUCAUGAAGUGAAGAAGGAUGCUGUCUGCAUCUCAAGAUUACAAAAUUGUGGGGCAGUUUUGGUUGGAAAGACAAAUAUGCAUGAAUUGGGCCUUGGAAUAACUGGAAAUAAUACGAAUUUUGGGACAGCCAGGAAUCCACAUGCUCCAGAUAGGUACACAGGCGGCUCUUCCUCAGGCUCUGCAGCUAUUGUAGCUUCUGGACUGUGUUCUGCUGCACUGGGAACAGAUGGAGGAGGUUCAGUUCAGAUUCCUUCUUCCCUUUGUGGUGUGGUGGGCUUGAAGACAACAUAUGGAAGGACUGACAUGAAAGGGUUGAUAAUUCAUUAUGGAACAGUGGCAAUUGUUGGACCUAUCACAGCAACUGUUGAGGAUGCCAUACUGAUGUAUGCUGCAAUUUUAGGAUCUUCUCCUGCUGAGAGAGUUUCUUUGAAACCGGGCCUCCCUUGUUUACCAAAUUUAAGUUCAAGUGAGAGCUGGUGCUCUCUAGGAUCACUGUGCUUUGGGAAGUAUACUGAGUGGUUCAAUGAUGUUUCUUCAACUGAAAUAUCUGAGAAGUGUGAGGAUGUUCUUAAUCAGCUAUCAGAAAAACAUGGGUGUAAAACGAUAGAGAUUGUAAUACCAGAGUUGCAUGAGAUGCACAAUGCACAUAUUGUUUCUAUUGGCUCUGAAGUACUAUCUCAGCUGAAUCCUUACGUUGAAGAUGGGAAAUCAGCGAGAUUAACAAAUGACACUCGGAUAAAUCUGGCACUAUUUUGAUCAUUUACAGCGUCGGAUUAUGUUGUUUCUCAGUGUCUAAGAACUUACCCAGUGUGAUUCCACAAGUGAGGUCUAGGGAGAGUAAGAUGUAUACAGGCCAUACCCUACCUUUUGUAGGGUAGAGAGGUUGUUUCCGGUUGCAUAAAUAAAGAGAAAAAUCUUGUCAAUGACACAAGAUUCUCAUCACCAUUGCCCGCUUGUAUCCAGUGAGAAUGAAGGCAAAGGUUAAUGUAUUACCACAUGGAGAUUUUCAAGAAGGUGGAUAUCAUUGUGACACCUACUACUGCCAUGACGGCACCCAUAAUAUCACCAACUGCUCUUACAGUUGGAGAGACCAAUAUGCCAAUUACAG